AUGUUAUGGUCCUCAGAGCCAGGAUUGUCCCGUCUAGGAAUUGAAAUCCCGCUAGCAGAUACUGAGUUCUCUGCGCAGAGCCGGAGCUGGAUUGAUGAUGAAGAAGAAGAUUAUGAUGAUGAUGAUGAUGAAGUAGUUGGUCUCCUAGCGCGACGGUGGUUAGGUUUCAUAUACUUCUCUAAUUGCGCUGUCUGGUCGGCCGAUCGCAAGAAUCGUUUGCAGAUACCCCGCCGUGUAGCUGCUACUCUACUUGUUCACAGACCACGGCUAUAUUCAAUCGCUAUUCAAGGCACCAUGCCAGCCCAGGACUCAAACAAGUCUCCGGACUACAAAGCAAACCUCCUCUCGAUCCUCAUUUCCAGCAAAGUCCUUUCGUUCGGCUCCUACGUUCUUAAAUCAGGCCGAAACUCUCCUUACUUCUUCACAACGACCCUCCUCCACACUGCACCGUUACUGCACGCAACAGCUUCUGCCUGUGCUACAGUGUUAUCUAGCCCUCCAUUCGUCAAAAGUCAGGAAGGGAAAGCUGUCACUCCCAACUUUGAUAUAAUUUUUGGGCCUGCGUACAAGGGCAUACCACUCUGCACGGCAGUUCUGAAUGAGCUUGGUGUUCGAGAUACCCAGGGUGUAUGGGAUAAUGUCAGUUACUCUUUCAACCGGAAGGAGGCUAAGAGUCAUGGCGAGGGAGGGAACAUUGUCGGUGCCCCUCUCAAGGGCAAGAGGAUAGUCAUUAUAGACGAUGUCAUCACUGCCGGAACCGCCUUGAGAGAGGCUGUUGGUAUAAUUGAGAAAGAGGGAGGCAUCGUGGUUGGUGUAUUGGUCUUGCUGGAUAGACAGGAGAGAGUUAACGAUACAGAGACCAAGAGUGCGGUUGGAGCUGCACAGAGAGACUUGGGCGAAUCAAUUCCUGUGCGGGCGGUACUCAACUUGAAUGAUAUUAUCGAAGAGCUGGGGGACGAUAUUGGUAAGGAGAAUCUGGAGAAGCUCCUUGAAUAUAGGGCGAAGUACGGGGCUACGGAGUAG